AUGGUGUGUGUGGCUGUAUUCAGUGUGCUGUGUGUGGCUGCCCACAUUGUGACAACGGUGGAGCCCGAACCUGUCCUCCGGGUGGUGUGUGUGGCUGUCCUGCGGGUGGUGUGUGUGGCUGUCCUCCGGGUGGUGUGUGUGGCUGUCCUCCGGGUGGUGUGUGUGGCUGUUUACAUUGUGGCACUGUUAUGUGUGGCGGCCUUUCUGAUGGGGGUACAUGUGGCCGUCUUAACGUUUAUGCUGCUUUGGCUGGAAGCAUUGCUGCGGCAGCUGUGUGCAUUGCGAUGUCAUCUGUGA